AUGGACACGGAAAGGUUAAAAAGGUUCUUAAUCGGGUUGGUGGUAGGAUUAGCCAUAACGGCCUUGCUUCUCGUCGCCGAUGCCACAAGGCCCAAGAAGCGUGAUGAUAUCAGGUUGAACGACAGGGGUGAGUGCGUGUACCCCAUGAGCCUGUCUUUCGCGGCGAGUUUGGCCCAACUGGCUUUCGUUCUGGCUGUCGUCUCGCAUUACACCUCCCAAAACGGAUGCUGCAAGCCCCGCGACGGCGUCUCCGGAUCGAGCUUCGUGGCGGGCAUCAUCCUUGCCAUCAUCUCAUGGUCAAUGGCGUUGGACGCGGGAGGAAUCUUUCUCUUGGACAUGUUGGCGGUCUGGCCCGGGAACCACGGUAAAGCCCCGGAGUGUUACAACGGUGUUGAGGCGGAUCAUCAUCGCUAUAUGAAGGAGGCAUUCUACCGGAGCAUGUUCGCCAUCUUCUUUGCAGGCUGCUCCUCCAAGUUACGUUCCCCUCCUCCUCCUCCUCCUAUAGCAUCCUAG